AUUCAUUCAGUACCGAAUUACCCAUUCGUAGGGACGGUUGCUCCCUAAAAAAAGAAAAAUCGAACGAAAUGAAGAACGAAGCACAACCAGAAGCGUACCCAGCCGCCACUGGCUUUGCAACUGCACCGCCGCAGACAGGAUAUCCACAGCCAGGAUAUCUGCAGACAGGAUAUCCACAGCCAGGAUAUCCGCAGCCAGGAUAUCCGCAGCCAGGAUAUCCACAGCCAGGAUAUCCGCAGCCUGGGUAUUCCUGGAAUCCAGCUCAACCACAGGCUGGAUUUUCGGCCUAUCCGACACCUCCACCACAGUACUACGGUGCACCACCAAACUACGGAGCACCGCCACCACACCCACCGCCACAUCCCCCCAGCAAAACCUCGGUGGUGGUGAACAGUGGCUGGUACAGUCGCAACCAGAAGAACAAACCACAAUCAAACGCAGUUGGCGCAGCAAGUCUCAUCUUUGUCUCUGGAGGAAUGAACAUUGCGUGGAGCAUGGGCUUUCAUGGAUGGCUCUUCUAUAGCACAAGCAAUCACAAUUUUAUAGCCUGGUUUAUUGGUGGCAUCAUUGGAGCGGUACUGAGCUGUUUUCUAACCAACGAGGUGGCCAAAAAGCAUGUGCUGAUUUUCAGUUCACUUAUGGUGAUGAUCGGUGGUAUAGUGACAGCCAGCGCGAGGAGCAAUGGCAGUAUCGCUUUAGUGGGUUCCUAUAUGGAUGGCAUAGCCAAUGGACUGAUAUUUGCUCCAUUCUUGGCCCUGACUGGCGAGGUUUCCGUGUCCUAUAUGCGGGGUUUGACGGCGGCCAGCAUUGAGCAGAUGAGCUUCGGCCUGGGCAUCUUCCUGCAGAUCAUCUACACCACAUCCUGGAAUGCUUCGACCCCCCGCCCAUCGAUCUACGCCUUUACGGCUGAGAACAUGAAGGGGCUGCUGAGCUCUAUCUACGGUCUGAUGGCCUUGAUAAUUGGCUCACUGCUGUGCAUCGAAUCGCCGGUGAUAAUGCUGGCCAAGAAUAACGAUGAGCAGGGGGCCAUCGAUGCCCUGCGGCGACUGCAGAGGCCCUACACUCUGACCAACGAGACAUUUGAGCAACUGGCCGAGCACAAGAAGUACUUGGCCCAGAACAAGGAUCUUUCCAUGUGCCGGACCAUCGGACAGGCCAUUCCCACCUUCGUGAGACUGGCCUUCCUCAGGGGCCUGAACGCCAUGAGCAUCUGCAGGCUGGUCUACUAUACCCUUGUGUACACUGUCGCCAUUCAGUAUGUCAAUGGCUAUUUGGGCUGGCUCAUUGGGUUCGGCGUCUGUCGCUGGAUGGGCAACUUCAUAGCCACCUUCUGCAUGGAGUCAGUCGGUCGCAAGAAGCUCACUCUCCUCGGCCUGAUUGUUUGCAGUGUGAUGGCCUUUGUGAUUGGAGGGCAGUACAACUUGUACUAUAAUACGGGCAACUCCAUAAUGUUGCUGGUCUUCGAACUCUUUGCGGGAAUCGCCUUCACAGCCACAUCGCCGUACCUUUCGGAGGCAUAUCCUCUGGGAGUAAAGCAGCCCUUCAUCGCCUUCACCUUCAUCGCCGAGAUGCUCGUCUUCAUAGUGCUGACCCUGGUCACCUGGAGUGGUCCUGUCGGUGCCACAUACUUCUUUGCGAUGGGAGGAAUUUACCUGUUCGGCGUUUUCUUUGGCUUUCUCUGCCUGCCAGAGACCAGAAGGACGAAUUUGAGAGAAGCGCAGGACAAGUUCAGUAGAUUUAUCAACUUGGGUUUCUAGUCUGAAUAUCCUUUUCUUAAUUUACCCAUGAGUCACUAGAGAUAAUAAAUAAAUAUUUUUUUGCUGCUACACAA